UAUGAUCACUGCAGCCAGACAUUUGAGGACAAAUAAUCGAAGUCUGAAAGAGUGAAAAAAAACAUUUAAAUGUUGAAAUAAUUGAUAGGGAAUCGAUAAAUGUGUGCAGUGACGAAAUAAAAUAAAUCAAGUGACUUGACAAAUCGAUGGCGUCGUACGAGGAGGAACUUUCUAGAACCAACGAGGAAAAGGAGCGACGUCGACAACAGGCAGCUGUUAGCAAGACUCCAAAUGUGCUACACAUUGAAGACUACCAACAGCCCCCUCACAUUAAAGAAGAAGAUAAAGAACUCUGUACCAAUCUGGAGGUGGUGUGUCUGCCGGGACCUGAAGAGGCUGAUUUCUUCAAGUUGCCACUGAGUGGUGUCUCUGGGAAGACUGACGACCAUGAAGAGCAACCACUUGAGUCCUCACAGCUUCGCAUCAGUCCAAACAUGAGCGGAGAGCUUGCGUCGUUCCUGCUGCACCUGUCAAAGAGGCAGCUGCGACUCUCUUGCCUCCUCCCACCGGCCGCCCCCGACCGUCGGAUGCUUCCACCGUGGAGGAGGGGGAAAAAAAUACAACUCAGCCUGGCUGCCUUCGCCUCGUCGAGAAACGUGGCUUCCCUCGGAGACACUGGCGGUCACCACACCCAUGGCCACACCCCUCUGACUUUCAGACAUCCAGCAGCUGUUUUGUCAUCAAGAAGAACCUCCCCCGGAGUUGCAGGGGGGCAGGUCUAGUUUGGAGCAAGAGGAUCCACAACCCCCCCACUGUAAAGAGGAAGAGGAGGACCUCUGGAUCACGCAGGAGGGAAAAUAUAUUUUAGGGCCGGAGGAGGCUGAUCUCACCAAGUUGCCACUGACUGUUGUCUCUGUGAAGAUUGAAGAUGAUGAACAUGAAGCACAAGCAGACCACCUCUUAGCUCCAAUGUCAGAUAGUGAAGACACAGCGUCACACUCUCCUGAGGAGGAAGACACCCAAGAACCUUUGAGCAGCGAUACCGGCUGUGAAGGUGAUAUAGGGACUCAAACUGACAAACACUCUGAAAAGAAGACAGUUAAAAAACGUGUGAGCUGCUCAGUUUGUGAUAAAAGAUUUCCUUUUAAGAGGGAUUUGACUCCACACAUGCGGACGCACACGGGGGAAAAACCUUUUAGUUGUUCAGUUUGCGGUAAAGGAUUCUCUCGAAAGGGGAAUUUGGCUCGACACAUGCAGACGCACACCAGAGAAAAACCUUUUAUUUGCUCAGUUUGUGGUAAAAGCUUUUCUCACAAGCACAAUUUGACUCAACACGUGUGGACACACACAGGCAAAAAGUCAUUUAGUUGUUCAGUUUGUGGUCAAAGGUUCUGUCAAAAGUCAAACAUGGUAAUACACAUGAGAACACACACGGGAGAAAAAUCCUUUGGUUGUUCAGUUUGUGGACAAAGAUUCUCUCAAAAGUCAAACAUGGAAAUACACAUGAGAACUCAUACUGGAGAAAAGCCUUUUGAUUGUUUAGUUUGUGGUAACAAAUUUACUCUGAAGAGUAAUUUGACUCGGCACAUGCAGAUUCACACUCGAGAAAAACAUUUUAGCUGCUCAGUUUGUGCCAGAACCUUUUACUAUAAGCACAAUUUAACUCAACACAUGUGGACUCACACAGGCGGGUAAUUCUUUGGUGUUUCAGUUUGUGUUUAAAGAUUCUCUCAAAUAUGGUAAUAAUGCACACGGGAAGACAAUUGGGCGAAAAUGGUUUCAGUUUAUGACAUACUUGCCUACCCUCCCGGAUUUUCCGGGAGACUCCCGAAAUUCAGCGCCUCUCCCGAAAACCUCUCGGGACAAAUUUUCUGCCGAAAUUCAGCCGGAGCUGGAGGUCACGCCCCCUCCAGCUCCAUGCGGACCUGAGUGACGUGUCGACAGCCUGUUUUCACGUCCGCUUUCCCACAAUACAAACAGAAUGCCUGCCCAAUGACAUUAUAACUGUAGAAUGAUCGAGGGCAAGUUCUUGGUUUCUUAUGUGGGUUUAUUGUUAGGCAGUCUCAUUAACGUCCUCCCAGCGCGGCAACAACACACAACAACAGCAGUCACGUUUUUGUCUACCGUAAAGCAGUUCAUCUGCUGUAAACAGCAAUAUUGUGACACUCUUAAACAGGACAAUACUGCCAUCUACUGUGCAUCCAUAUGUGACAAUAACAUCUACGGCUUUUAGAGCAGUGGUUCUCAACCUUUUUUCAGAGAUGUACCCCCUGUCAACUUUUUUUUAAUUCAAGUACCCCCUAAUCAGAGCACAGCAUUUUUAGUUGAAAAAAAAAAGAUAAAGAAGUAAAAUACAGCACUAUGUCAUCAGUUUCUGAUUUAUUAAAUUGUAUAACAGUGCAAAAUAUUGCUCAUUUGUAGUGGUCUUUCUUGAACUAUUUGGAAAAAAAGAUAUAAAAAUAACUAAAAACUUGUUGAAAAAUAAACAAGUGAUUCAAUUAUAAAUAAAGAUUUCUACACAUACUGCGAUGAGGUGGCAACUUGUCCAGGGUGUACGCCGCCUUCCACCCGAUUGUAGCUGAGAUAGGCACCAGCGCCCCCCGCGACCCCAAAUGGAAUAAGCGGUAGAAAAUGCAUGGAGGGAUAACUGUAAAUAUACUCCACUCCUCUUAACCACGCCCACAACAACGCCCCGCCUCCAGCCAUGCCCAACCCCCAACCACGCCCCCCACCCCACUCCCGAAAUCGGAGGUCUCAAGGUUGGCAAAUAUGGUUUAUGAGCAAAGUUAUUCUUGAGAAAACACUGCUAAAUAUGUUCCCUCCUAAUCAAUUUGGGCUAAGAGAUUGUCAAAUGAUAGAAACGUAAUGUCACAUGUGUGAAGUCACCUUGAAAGUGACGACAUGCUGUGUGUAAGAUACCAGAUUCCCUCAUGAGUUCCAAGUUGGUGUGCAGCUAAGAGCCACAACUAUAUCCCCUCCAUUUUAAUUUAUACAAUUGUCAUUAUUGAUACAUUACUGGUAAUGAAAUGUUUGUGUGGUGUAAAUGUUCUGUAUUACUGUAAAACAAGAAAUAAAAUCAGGUUUAAUCAUC